AUGCUGCGGUGGGCCCCUUUGAAGGCCGGCUCCCUAGCGGGGGCACGCGCCGGGCCCCUGUGUCCUCGGGUCGCGACCGUCGGUCACGUUUUGCGCCCCGUUCAAUCCGCAAGGGCAGUGCCUGUUGGCAUCGACCUGGGGACCUCAAACUCCGCGGUCGCAGUGUUGGCGGGUAGCGACCCCGUGGUGGUGCUGGAUGAUGACGGAGAGGCGACGGUGCCAUCUGUCGUUGCGUUUGAUGAGGAAGGCAAGGCUCUGGUUGGUGCAGUAGCGCAAUCCAGGAUGCUGUUCGAUCCUUUAAAUACGUUCUGUGGCAUCAAACGGCUGAUCGGCCGCAAAUUUGAGGAUGUUGGAGACCGAUCAAAAGAACUGUCGUUCAAAAUCCAGCCAGGCCCAGAUGGAUUUGUGACAUUGGACAAUCCUCACAGAGGCUGCACCCUCAAACCUGAAGAGGUGUCAAGCCAUGUCAUACAAAAGCUAGUCCAGCAGGCUCAGAGGCACAUUGGAGAUCAAGUAAACAGAGCUGUUGUGACGGUCCCUGCCUAUUUUGAAGCACAUCAAAAAUCAGCAACAAUAGCAGCUGCAGGAAUGGCAGGCCUUGAGCAGGUGGCCCUAAUCCAAGAACCCAUUGCUGCUGCACUUGCAUAUGGUUUGGGGGACCCUGCACGACAAGAAACGAUCCUUGUGGUGGACAUGGGCGCCGGUACAUAUGAUGUGAGCGUGCUGGAGAGUUUUGAGGGCAUGUUGGAGUUCAGGUAG